AUGAUCGUAUCACUGGUCGCCGUGCUUGGUCUUAUUGCCGCAUUCACCGCGGCCGCGCCCGCCGCUCCCGUUCCGCAGCCACCGCACAUGCGCAACUUCGAACUACCCGCCCGACAACCCUACGAAAACUUCCAACCCAUGCCCGUGGCACCCUUUAAACGCAGUAAGUUUUGAAUAUUUUUAGUUUUUGAGGAGUUUGACGAAGUGUCACAAAAUCUAUUGGAAAAGUGAACGAAGUGUCACAAAUAAAAAAAAAUGAAAAAGAAACGUUUUUGAAAGUAAAAAUAAGUCUUUAAGCAAUAAAGAGUUAUUUUAAAACAUCUUUUGAAAAUUUGACGAAAUGUCACUAAAAUUAUUGGAAAAGUGAACGAAGUGUCACAAAUAAAAAUUUUAAUUUUUUGGUAAAAAGGCGUUAACACCACACAAUUUUCACAGUAAAAACAAAAUUUUAGGCUUAAAUUUUAUUUUUUAAUGUUUAUAGUAGAUUCGACGAAAUGACAUAAAAAUUAUUGGUUUUUUAAAAAUUGUUUAUAAAUCACCUAACUGUUGAAAUUAAAGUUGCGACAGUAAAAUAAGAUUAAAAACAUAAAAAAACUUUUUUAUCGACCAGUCGUAUAUAUUUUGUCAUUGCAGGUCCAUUCCCCGAGUACAUGAACGCCGCACCCAUGCCUCCAGCCAUGGCGUUCGCCCCCUUCCCACCCCAAGCAUUUGGCCCACGCCCGUUCGAAAUGGUUCCACCCGCUUCGAACGCUUAUUACGGAUUCCGCAGCUUCUAA